AUGAAGCGAAUAAAAAGGUUCCCACCAACUGAACUCCGUCUGAUGGUAGCUGGGAAAGACCUCCACGUUCCGUUGUGGAAUAGUCUAGGAGUGGGUCCCUCCUUCCCAAACCAACGCAAAGGAAGAACGAUCAAUGGUGGAGAGAGAAUACUUGGCAAGCAGAGACGCGCGACAUGGUGUGACCAAGGCGAGACACACCGUGAAAAGAGGUUGGAGCAGAAACGCAGACAGAGAAAGAGCAGGCAAGCGAGGAGAAGACCUACAAUCAGGCGCUAGAAACGAGACAACGCUGCGCUUGAGCGCAGGAAUUAUGGCCCUCCGACUGAUGGAGGCAAAGCGACGAGAUGGGAAAAACGACCAAGAAAUUAGCAGACGGACGUUGACAAGAGCGGCUACAGUACCGACAUGA